AUGGUGGCGAAUUCGACGGCGAUUUCAGAGGCGGAAAAUAAGGUUUGUUCGUUGUUUUGUUGGUGGUUAAGCUUGGCCUAGGUUUUUUUUAGGGUGGGAACCAUUGUCGGAGGAGAGGGGUGAGUUGGAAGCCAAGGGAGAAAGGAAAAGAGAGAAAAUUGAAGGGGGGGGGGGGUUAGGGAAGAGGUGGAGAGAGAGAGAGGAAGAUAGGGGAACUAGGGAACAUGUACUAUGUAAUAUUAUUUUUCUUUGAAGAAAAAAUUAAAAUAUUGCUUUUUAAUUACUACAGGUUUUUUUUUUUUUUUUUUUUUUUCUAGAAAAUUUACUUUAGUCUUUUUAAUUAAUGCUGAUGAAAAAGUAAUAUUGUUAAAGGAUAUUUUGGAUUUUAACACCUUACAAAAGGCUGAAAAUGUUUUUUAACACCCCCCAAAAAAAAACUUUUAUUUUAACACCUCCCAAAAAUAUAAAAGUUGGAAGUUAACACCAAAAUCCAUCUUCCGUUAACAGAACUGUUAGUGGGGCCCACCCCAACGGAUAUAUUUUUAAAAGAUCUGUAUAUAAGAACCAUUCUUCCACGAUUCUUGCACGAUAUAUAAGAACCAUUCUUGCACGAUUCUCCCCCAAUGAACGAAAUCGUUGUUCUUAUUGAAUAGCAGCAGCGCAUUGCAUUGUUGCACGAUACUUGAAACAAUUCUUUCACGAUUCUUCCACGAUUUUUGAGAAGAGGAACAGAUUGAAGCUGCUGAAACAGAUUAUGUCGUUUGUUAGCUCUUCCCCUCCUGAGGCCAGAAAAUGUAAGUGUGGUGUGCCAAUGGCCAAGCUCACUAGCUGGACAAGGGAGAAUCCAGGCAGGAAGUUCAUAUCAUGUAAGUUUUAUGACCCAAUAACAGAAACAAGGGGUUGCAAAGCUUUCGAAUGGGUUGAUCAACCUGAUGGAACAGAUUGGCAAACAGGGGUUAUCAACAACCUGUUGUUGGAUAAGAAGCUGCUAAAGGGUGAAGUUAAUGAAUUGAAAAGGGAAGUUGAUGAAAUCAGUGGCCAAAGGAGGUGCAUACUUAAUGAAGUUGAUAAUUUGAAGAUGAGAUGCAAGGCCUUGAACGCUGACAGGAAGAGAAUGAACAGGGAGUGCAAUGAAGGGAAGGUGUCUUCAAUCAGCUGUUUUGGUUGGGUGGGCAUGGCCAUUUGUAUAGGUUUGUCAAUGGGUGUAAUUUUCCUAAUGGCUAGGGGUGUGUAAUAGUAAGCUGUAUUAAGUAGUUAUAAUUUCUUGUAAUGACUUGAAGUGUUAUAAAUAUGUCUUUUAAUCAA